AUGUUGCCCCCCUCCCGGACCCAGCUGGGGCUCUUCUUCAUCCUCCUCUGCCCCGCCAACAUCAUCGGGCUCUGGUGGGCAGUGGGGAGCCCCCUGGUCAUGGACCCCAACAGCAUCUGCCGCAAGACGAAGCGGCUGGCGGGGAAGCAGGCGGAGCUGUGCCAGCUGGAGCCGGAGAUCGUGCAGGAGGUGGCCAAGGGCACCAAGCUGGGCGUGCGGGAGUGCCAGUACCAGUUCCGCUUCCGCCGCUGGAACUGCACCAGCCACAGCAAGUACUUCGGCAAGAUCCUGCAGCAGGAUAUCCGGGAGACAGCCUUCGUGUACGCCAUCACGGCGGCCGGCGUCAGCCACGCCAUCACGCAGGCCUGCAGCAUGGGCGAGCUGCUGCAGUGCGGCUGCGAGCUGACCCGCAGCCGGGCCCCCCCCUCGCCCACGGCGGGGCCGGGCACCGAGGGCACGGCCUGGGAGUGGGGGGGCUGCGGGGACGACGUGCAGUUUGGCUACGAGAAGUCCCAGCAGUUCAUGGACGCCAAGAGCAAGAAAGGGAAAAACGACAUCCGCGCCCUCAUCGACCUGCACAACAACGAAGCCGGGCGCUUGGCGGUGCGCAGCUACAUGAGGACAGAGUGCAAAUGCCACGGGCUGUCGGGCUCCUGCACCCUGCGGACCUGCUGGCGGAAGAUGCCCCAUUUCCGCGAGGUGGGGGACCGCCUGCUGGAGCGCUUCAACGGCGCCUUCAAGGUGAUGGGGGGCAACGACGGGAAGACCCUCAUCCCGGUGGGGGACAACAUCAAGCCCCCCGACAAGCAGGACCUCAUCUACUCGGCCGACUCGCCCGACUUCUGCUCGGCCAACCGCAAGACGGGCUCGCUGGGCACGCGGGGCCGCGUCUGCAACAGCACGGCCAUGGACACGAGCGGCUGCGACCUGCUGUGCUGCGGCCGCGGGCACCGCGACGAGACCGUGGUGCUGGAGGAGAACUGCCUCUGCCGCUUCCACUGGUGCUGCGUGGUGCAGUGCCGCAAGUGCUCCGUCCGCCAGGAGCUCAGCCUCUGUGUCUGA